AUGACGACGAAGAAAAUUGCGACUGAAACAGAGAAGGCUAGGGCUGGUGAUGGCGGUUGCAAAUCUUUCGCAGCGAGGCCUGUCCAGGAUAAAGCUGAAGAAGCCUUGCAACUCUGUUUCAACAUCAAGGCCUCUAGAGGUGACGAAGAGGAAGAAGCGGUCUAUCCCGAAGUUUCUGGAACAAACCCUAAAGUUGUUGCAGCCGUGAAGAAGAACGACAAGGAUACGUUGGAGCUGUUCGACAUAGCCAAGAAAUCAGCGGAUGUGGCCAACGCGAAGGGACUUCUUGCGGCUAAAGCAGAGACAUCUAUCUGUGUGGAUACUCUCUCUUUGCUCAUUUGUUUUCCCAUAAGCGCAACAGCUCCUGAAACGAGGAGGAUCAUGGAUAGGCUUGGGCACCUCACAAGGCAUAAAGACCGCAAAAUCUGCAAUUCCGCUUCGGCUCUUUUUCAACAUUGGAGUCAGAUCAUAAGAGAUCAACAACACUAA